GKGGUCCUCCCAGCCAAUCUGGAUCUCUCUCAGCCUACACAAUCUCCUCACUCAGCCUCAGGCUUGGUGAUGUGCACGGACUGAGAGGGAGCUCUGCCUUUCUGAAAACACUCUGCUGCUUCAGGACCCACAAAACAAAAACCGGCUGUCAUGGAGGAGGCUGACCUGCUGAAAGAGAGGAUCCAGGCAAUCACGGACAAAAGAAGAAUCCAAGAAGACAUCGCCAAGAAAAGAAGACAGAUUGAGGAGGAGAAAUUAAAACUCCAGUAUAUAAAGAAAAAAUCCCUGAGGGAACAAUGGCUGAUGGACGGUCUGAGUCAGCAGUCGGAGGAGGAACAGGAGGCCAUGAGGCUUCAAGCUCAAGACGAGCAGCUGCAGAGUGAUCAGCUGCAGAGCAACAUCCUCAGAAUAGAAAAGGAGAUCGAUGCCUUGGAGAUACAGGAGCUCAGCAUUUCUGCCAAYGAAGAGGUGGUUCUGAGACGGUUAAAAGAAGUGGAGCGAACACCUGAGGACAUCAUCAAGAAAGCAUUUUCAGUGGAUGCAGAGACAGAUGGAAAAGAAGUGAAAGAAGGUUGCAGCACGACUGAGAAUCACAACUUCAUCUCUGUCACCAUGGAAACAACUGAACCAGGUCAGCUGGUUACGGGCUGUGAAAUGGGAAGUUUUGUGGCUGAGUCACCUGUGCCAGAGCAGGAUUUUAAUGCUGACGAUGAGUUGGUUUGUUUGGGAAAAGACCCAGCAGAUUCCCAGAGGGAAGUGAAUCACGCCUCAUUAACCACCUCGCCCACCAGCACCAGUGAGACUGACAAGCGUGACGUUUCUGAAUCCACUGGAACGUCCUGCCAGGAUCAAAAGGAUGUGUUUGGAUCAGAACCAGGGUGUGAGGAACUCAAUAUGWAUGAGUCAGUCCAUGCAUCUGUGUCUGAUACCCUGUCAGGGGCUGAUGGUGUUUAUGAGAUCGAAGCCCAUCAGGACCCACCGGGACAAGACCCUGAAGAAGAAGACAAACCGGAGCAGAACGAUGAGCUGGGAAAUGAUCCAGAACUAAAACUGUAUCCUGAACCCGUCCAAGACUGUGAUAAAGAAAGCACACCAGAGCCAGAGCAAUACCCUGAACUGGACUUUAAGGAAGACUUCGUUAUGGGAUACUACCCUGAGCCUGAGCAAGACCCUGAACCGGAGCGAGAACAGGAAUUUGUGUCUAAGGAAAACUUUGACAUGGACUACCCUGAGCCUGAGCAAGACCCUGAAGGAGACCAGGAACUUGAACUCAAUCUGAAGGAAGACUUGGAGAGAGGGUAUUUCCACAUGCAGGACUCUAAAACAGAGCAAGACGCUGAACCCGAGCCCUUUGAGAUGACAUACGAUCCAGAGAAAGAGCAAUAUUCUAAUCCAGAGCAAAACAUUGAGCUAGACGUAUACAACGAGCUAGAAGCAGAAGUAGGCGAUGGCAUCAUCUGUACUGAAGAUGAGCUCUAUCCACACUUUGAACCUUACACAGAUCAAGAUCCAGAGUCCCAUGAAAUCCAGGCUGAUGAACCUUUCCAAAAUGUGUCCAUCUUAGAGCAGUGCAUUAGAGACGAGGCCAUGUCCGACAUAUCAAACGAGUCUUACCAUAACCCGGAAGAAAUGGAUGAGUGCCUGAGAGUUGAAAUUGCAGCAGCUUCCUCUGACAGUGAGACAGAUGAGAAAUGGAGAGCGAUAUUCUCCUCCUCCAUAAACAAAGAAGACGAUGACUCUUAUUUGGACAGUCUUCAGCUGAGCGCCCAGGAACUCUUUGUGCAGAAAACGGAGACGGCAGACUCGGACGAUCAAGACAACAACAACUUUGAGGAAGUUUGUUUCGAAGUCCCUAAAAUAGCCGAAGUCCUGGAGCAACCCGAGGAAAUUGUCUCCUCUCCGAUUCCACCACAGGAAGUGAAAUACUGCCCUUUGGGUCUUCAAGGUUUGUCCAAAAUAUCGGAAGACGAGGGCGAAAACGGCAGAGAUGCCAAUUAUAACCACACCAAACAUCAAGACAGCAUCAAUGCGGACGCGACCAAGAAGUUACCCAAAGACUUCUGUGUAAUACAGGAGACAAAGAGCGAGAACGUCAGCACAGAGCACGUGGAUUUCCAGCUUGCUCGUAAACAGUGGCGAGAAAUGGAGGAACAAAUGAAAAACAAGGUUAUUUUACCUUCGACUAAGCUGUCGAAUUUGCACAGCAGCCACAGUUUCAUGUACACACCUGUCCGCAAUAUUGAAAGAACGCACAAGAAAACRUGUGAUCUGGAGAGCCUAAACCUCGUCAGUGAUUAUUCUCACACUCAGUUCAGCCCUUGUUCCGAGGACUCUGGUCUGGGUGACUCCAGCUACAAGUCCCCUCACGAUGACCCAGAAACGCCAAUUGAAAGGGAGAUUCGCAUAUCAGUAGAGAGGGAGGAAAACUUCAAAAGAGAGAGGGGUCUCUCCAGGAUGGGCAAAUCAACAGACUGCGCUCCAUCGCGAAAUAUCCCCCGAUCUAUAAGCACUCCUCUCACGCCGUCGUUCAUCAUAACCUCCUCACCCACCAAAGAACCACUGAAACACGACGUGUCGGCAAGCAACGUCAUUAUUUUAGACUCAAGAAACGAUUUCAGCUCCAGCCCCAAACACAGCAAAGACAACAUGGCGGCACAGUCUGGUGAGUGGCGCUCUGAAGACAGCAACUCCAACCUCAUCAUCCUCGAGACGUCAAAUUUGAUCAUUCGCAGCGCCUCCGAGUUUUCUCUCAACAAGGCCUGCGAACAGCCCCAGGAGAAAAUGUUCCUCAACAACCCUUUUUUCAAGCUGCGCUCGAGGAGCACGAUAACGCUGGUGGAUGAAGAGAUUAAAAUGGUGAAGCAGAGGGAAGAGGAACUCAGGAAAGAGAGGGCAAAGCUGUACGGCAAAGAGACCUUCAGCACGGAAAAGGGGCUGUCGAAUCACAUGGACACUUUAACGUUUGAUAACUCAGCUGUACCAGUGAAGUGCAAGUCCUCUCCCUCCUCACCAAUGAAAUCAACCCACCGGAUGGACCGCUCUGCUUUAUCCUGUGAUCACAGAUUUCCCGAGGCCUUCACUGGAGGAAGAAGAAAAAGUGCCAUGGCUCUCCGCUGGGAGGCAGGCGAGUUCACAAAAAAAGACUGAACUGGAACAAGCCAACCGUUUGCCAUUUAAGGCCAUCAGUUGUCAUUGUUGUUUUCAUUCCAAUUAGGUGCAAUGUUAUCGUUAAUUGUUUCAUGUUGUGGCAAAAAAAAAAACCUGAAGUCUGCUUUUGUGGUGCCCUGAGGAAACUCUGAGUAUAUUUCUGCUACACUUACUGGAACAAGCCAAUUUCCAACUGAAACAUGAGUUUUGUUCAUAAUAACUGAGAAAAAUGUCAGGUUCUGACCUGAAUAUGUGCAUUAUUUUCAGACAAUCACACAGUUCUGACAUUCUCUUAUUAUUUCUUAACCACUGGCCUUUAUUUCCCCCUCAGUGGGACAAUGAAGGCUAUUUCUAUUCUAUUCUUCUAUUCGAUUCUACCCAUAUGGAGGGCUCCAACCUGGCCACAACAUAUAUUUUUGCUGAAGUAGUCUUAUAAUGGUCGUAUAGACGUUCCAAACAUGCACUUUUACUCUUUAUUAUAAAGAAAAUGCGGGCUGUGACAAUUAGCCACAGUAUGAAUGGAAUAGUUGUUUUUUUUUUUUGACCUCAGAAAUUUCCAUGAGACAAGGGUUUUUAACUUGUGUGUAAUG